UCUUGAUUGAGAUAAGCAGCAACCAUGGAGUGGUCUCGGAAGUUUUCAACAAUCAACAUUCAACGAUGGCAAACUUUUCAAUCCCAAUCCCAAGAAACGGUUUGUCCAUACCCAACUACUCAACCAAACGCCCUUCAACACUUCACACGCCCCUCAAAGUUUCUUGCUCUGAGUCUGGGACGAAUUCGAAUGGAAUCAAGGGCCUAGCUUGUGGGAUUCUUGCUGCUUGCGCUGUCUCUUCUUCUGCAUUCUCUGUGACUGCUGCUAACCAGAGGCUGCCGCCGCUGUCAACUGAGCCGAACCGCUGCGAGCGAGCAUUUGUUGGCAACACAAUUGGGCAGGCAAAUGGAGUGUAUGACAAACCGUUAGAUCUCCGCCUCUGCGACUACACGAAUGAAAAAUCCAACCUCAAAGGGAAGUCCCUGUCAGCAGCACUCAUGUCAGAUGCUAAGUUUGAUGGUGCUGACAUGACAGAAGUUGUAAUGUCAAAGGCUUAUGCUGUUGGUGCCAGCUUCAAAGGUGUGGACUUCUCAAAUGCAGUGUUGGACCGUGUUAACUUUGGGAAUGCGAAUCUUGAAGGAGCUGUGUUUAGGAACACAGUGUUGUCAGGGUCUACUUUUGAUGAUGCUAAGCUGGAAGAUGCAGUGUUUGAGGACACUAUCAUAGGUUACAUUGAUCUUCAGAAGCUAUGCACAAAUAAAACCAUAAGUGAUGAAGGCAGAGCUGAGCUUGGUUGUCGAUCAUGACAAAAAUCUGGAUAGUCUUGUAGAUGAAUGCUACAUCCAAACAACAAAUAAACUGCGAUUAUUUCCCUUUUUUUUAUCUCCAGUAAAAUGUUAUAAGAUAUUAUCCGAUUUUAGUUUUAAACAAGGAGUUGAAGAUAGCCUCA